AUGCUGGACGACACAACCAAUAAGUUUAUCCCCGAAUACAGAAGAACCAACUUCAAGAACAAAAACCGGUUCCAAACUGACGAGUUGAGAAGAAGAAGAGAAACACACCAAGUUGAUUUAAGAAAGCAAAAGAGAGAUGAGGUUUUAGCUAAAAGAAGAAACUAUAAUAACACUGCAGAUGCUAAUGAUUCGGAAGGUGAGGAAGAUAUUGAAGAUGGCAUGUUAGAUGGAAGCAGAGGAGGAGGAGCCAAUAGUGAACAACAUGAUGAAUCGCAAUUUUUUGCCAAGUUGACUCAAGAUUUACCUCGGUUGGUUGAAAUGAUCCAUUCAUCUAAUUUCGAUAGUCAAUUACAAGCCACGGUUAAAUUCCGUCAAAUUUUAUCCAGAGAACAUAAUCCUCCAAUCAAUUUGGUAAUUGGAUCAGGGGUUAUUCCAACUUUGGUUGAUUUCAUGAGACCAAAUCAUCCAGAUAUCUUACAAUUGGAAUCAGCUUGGGCUUUAACGAACAUUGCUUCUGGUAGUUUUGAUCAAACCAGAACUGUUGUUGAAUCAGGAGCCAUUCCAUUGUUUGUGGAAUUGUUACAUUCUGAAUCUCCAGAAGUUAAAGAACAAGCUAUUUGGGCCUUGGGUAAUGUUGCUGGUGAUAAUGCUGAUUACAGAGAUUUCGUAUUACAAUGUAAUGCAAUGGAACCUGUUUUGAAAUUAUUUGAUACCAGUAGAGUUACCUUGACCAGAACUGCUACUUGGACUUUAUCCAAUUUAUGUAGAGGAAAGAAUCCUCCACCAAAUUGGGAUAUCGUAAAGGAAGCCAUUCCAGUUUUAUCAAAGUUAAUUUAUUCUUUGGAUUUAGAGACUUUGAUUGAUGCAUGUUGGGCUGUAUCUUAUUUAAGUGAUGGGCCAACUGAAGCCAUUCAAGCAGUUGUCGAUGCUCGUAUUCCUAAAAGAUUGGUUGAAUUAUUGGGUCAUGAAUCUACUUUGGUUCAAACUCCAGCUUUAAGAGGUAUUGGUAAUAUUGUCACUGGCAAUGAUUUACAAACUCAAACAGUAAUUAAUUCUGGUGUUUUACCUGCUUUAGGACCACUUUUGGUUUCAAGUAAAGAAACUAUAAGGAAGGAAGCUUGUUGGACUAUUUCCAAUAUAACUGCUGGUAAUACCGAUCAAAUCCAAGCAGUUAUUGAUGCUAAUUUGAUACCACAAAUUAUUCGUUUAUUAAGUAGUGGAGAUUAUAAAACUAAAAAGGAAGCAUGUUGGGCAAUUUCAAAUGCUUCAUCUGGUGGGUUAGCAAAACCUGAUCAAAUUAAAUAUUUGGUUAAUCAAGGAUGUAUUAAACCAUUAUGUGAAUUAUUGCUUAUUGGUGAACCCAAGAUUUUAGAAGUUACUUUGGAUUCUUUAGAGAAUAUUUUGAAAAUGGGUGAAAUGGAAAAGGAAGCUAAUGGUUCUCCAACUAAUCAAUAUGCUUCAUAUAUUGAGGAAGCUGGUGGGGUAGAAAACAUUUUCUCAUGUCAAAGCAGUGCCAAUGAUAAAGUUUAUGAAAAGGCUUAUAAAAUCAUUGAAUGUUACUUCCAAGAAGAAGAAGAUGUUUUUGAUGAUAAUCAAAUUGCUCCACAAGCUUAUAGUAAUCAAUUUCAAUUUGGUGCAGAUCAACCUCAACAAUCUUUCAACUUUUAA